AUUUAUCUGUACCCACGCAAUGUUUAGAUUUAGAAGAGUGAGUUUAUUGGUAUAGCAUGUUCGAAUCAUCCAAUAUAUAUCUGUAUACCAAAAAAUGAGUGAUAUAGUUUGAAACAAAAACUUUGAACUAACAGAUAUGGACUUAGUCUUUCAUUUGAUUAAUCUCUAAUAACAUUCAUAUGGAUUUAAAAGUAGUCUAAUAUUAAUUAUACAACUAUUUUAAAUUGAACUACUGAAACCUUAAUAAAACGUCGAAUUCUUUCUACCAGAAAAGAAAUAGAAGAAAAGAAUCAGAAAAUUUUUCGCUAAAAAUGAUUCUUCGAUUAAAAAGAAUAAAAUCCAUUAAAAUAAUGAUUAUAAUGACUGUUAUAUUAUUUAUAUUAUUUCCAAUUAAUAUUAAUUCACAUCCUAUUGUAAAUGACGAAGCUGCUCAUCAACAUAUUAAAACAUUAUCCAAUAUAAUGGGUAAGCAAUUACAUAAUAAUAAUAAUGACAAUAAUAAUAAUAACGAACUAUUUGAUAAUAUUAUUCCUAAUCAUAUUAUUACUGAUAAUGAUAAUCAGCUGUUAUUCAAAGACGUUGCUUCAAUACAAGGCUCUACUACUAUAAAAAACAAUAUUAUGAAUACUACUACUACUACUACUACUACUACUACUAAUAAUAAUAAUAAUAAUAAUAAUAAUAAUAAUAAUAAUAAUAAUAAUAAUGAAGGAAGUAACCAUUCAUUAACCAAUGAACGUCAAAAAACUAAUAACCAUUUAAGUCAAGCAAUUAACAAUUCAAUUUUAUCAAAACAAAAUCAUUCCAUUCAUCAUUUAUGUAUUAAAAAAGAAUGUUUUACUACACUAAUGAUAAAAGAAAUAAAUGGUAAACAAGUUGAUUCUAAAAGGUAUCAUUUUAUUCCUAGAAACACAAGUGAUGAAAUGAUUCCAAAUCAUUUAUCCAAUACAAAAUAUAACAUAACAUCAGUAGAAAAAAUAUACCGAAGAAAACGUUCAUCAAAUGCUCAUGAUUCAGUAACACUAAAUCCAUAUGAAUCAAGUACGGAAAAUAAAAAUAAAAAAGGUAAACAAAAAAACAAAAUAUAUCAAACAAGAAUACAAAAGAAGAAUGAACACAAAAAAAAUCAGCGGAUCAAAAAAGACACUAUCAAGAAUGUAGAAAACAAACACAAAACGAAAAAUAAACUAACUGAAAACAAUUAUCACAAUAAUAUCAAGAAAAGAGCACAAUCAAAAAAUGCGAAAAGAGAAAUCAAAAAAAUACAAGAUGAAGAACCUGAAGAAGAAACAGUCGAAAUGAAACAAGAAUUGAUAGAUAAUACUAACACAGGCAAGGAUACAGAGGACAAUGAUGCGGUGAAUACAGUCUCUGUACUUCCACCUACAGAUGUGUCAGUGAUUGCAGACUCGAUUCCAGAAACUCCAGUGUUUGAGGAAGUGACCACUGUCCCUGCACCUCCACCAACAGAUGUGUCAGUGAUUGCAGACUCGAUUCCAGAAACUCCAGUGUCUGAGGAAGUGACCACUGUCCCUGCACCUCCACCUACAGAUGUGUCAGUGAUUGCAGACUCGAUUCCAGAAACUCCAGUGUUUGAGGAAGUGACCACUGUCCCUGCACCUCCACCUACAGAUGUGUCAGUGAUUGCAGACUCGAUUCCAGAAACUCCAGUGUCUGAGGAAGUGACCACUGUCCCUGCACCUCCACCAACAGAUGUGUCAGUGAUUGCAGACUCGAUUCCAGAAACUCCAGUGUCUGAGGAAGUGACCACUGUCCCUGCACCCGCAUCUACAGAUGUGUCAGUGAUUGCAGACUCGAUUCCAGAAACUCCAGUGUCUGAGGAAGUGACCACUGUCCCUGCACCUCCACCUACAGAUGUGUCAGUGAUUGCAGACUCGAUUCCAGAAACUCCAGUGUCUGAGGAAGUGACCACUGUCCCUGCACCUCCACCUACAGAUGUGUCAGUGAUUGCAGACUCGAUUCCAGAAACUCCAGUGUUUGAGGAAGUGACCACUGUCCCUGCACCUCCACCUACAGAUGUGUCAGUGAUUGCAGACUCGAUUCCAGAAACUCCAGUGUCUGAGGAAGUGACCACUGUCCCUGCACCUCCACCUACAGAUGUGUCAGUGAUUGCAGACUCGAUUCCAGAAACUCCAGUGUCUGAGGAAGUGACCACUGUCCCUGCACCCGCACCUACAGAUGUGUCAGUGAUUGCAGACUCGAUUCCAGAAACUCCAGUGUCUGAGGAAGUGACCACUGUCCCUGCACCUCCACCUACAGAUGUGUCAGUGAUUGCAGACUCGAUUCCAGAAACUCCAGUGUUUGAGGAAGUGACCACUGUCCCUGCACCUCCACCAACAGAUGUGUCAGUGAUUGCAGACUCGAUUCCAGAAACUCCAGUGUUUGAGGAAGUGACCACUGUCCCUGCACCCGCACCUACAGAUGUGUCAGUGAUUGCAGACUCGAUUCCAGAAACUCCAGUGUUUGAGGAAGUGACCACUGUCCCUGCACCUCCACCUACAGAUGUGUCAGUGAUUGCAGACUCGAUUCCAGAAACUCCAGUGUUUGAGGAAGUGACCACUGUCCCUGCACCCGCACCUACAGAUGUGUCAGUGAUUGCAGACUCGAUUCCAGAAACUCCAGUGUCUGAGGAAGUGACCACUGUCCCUGCACCUCCACCUACAGAUGUGUCAGUGAUUGCAGACUCGAUUCCAGAAACUCCAGUGUUUGAGGAAGUGACCACUGUCCCUGCACCCGCACCUACAGAUGUGUCAGUGAUUGCAGACUCGAUUCCAGAAACUCCAGUGUCUGAGGAAGUGACCACUGUCCCUGCACCUCCACCUACAGAUGUGUCAGUGAUUGCAGACUCGAUUCCAGAAACUCCAGUGUUUGAGGAAGUGACCACUGUCACUGCACCCGCACCUACAGAUGUGUCAGUGAUUGCAGACUCGAUUCCAGAAACUCCAGUGUUUGAGGAAGUGACCACUGUCCCUGCACCUCCACCUACAGAUGUGUCAGUGAUUGCAGACUCGAUUCCAGAAACUCCAGUGUUUGAGGAAGUGACCACUGUCCCUGCACCCGCACCUACAGAUGUGUCAGUGAUUGCAGACUCGAUUCCAGAAACUCCAGUGUCUGAGGAAGUGACCACUGUCCCUGCACCUCCACCUACAGAUGUGUCAGUGAUUGCAGACUCGAUUCCAGAAACUCCAGUGUCUGAGGAAGUGACCACUGUCCCUGCAUCUCCACCUACAGAUGUGUCAGUGAUUGCAGACUCGAUUCCAGAAACUCCAGUGUCUGAGGAAGUGACCACUGUCCCUGCACCUCCACCUACAGAUGUGUCAGUGAUUGCAGACUCGAUUCCAGAAACUCCAGUGUCUGAGGAAGUGACCACUGUCCCUGCACCUCCACCUACAGAUGUGUCAGUGAUUGCAGACUCGAUUCCAGAAACUCCAGUGUCUGAGGAAGUGACCACUGUCCCUGCACCCGCACCUACAGAUGUGUCAGUGAUUGCAGACUCGAUUCCAGAAACUCCAGUGUUUGAGGAAGUGACCACUGUCCCUGCACCUCCACCUACAGAUGUGUCAGUGAUUGCAGACUCGAUUCCAGAAACUCCAGUGUUUGAGGAAGUGACCACUGUCCCUGCACCCGCACCUACAGAUGUGUCAGUGAUUGCAGACUCGAUUCCAGAAACUCCAGUGUCUGAGGAAGUGACCACUGUCCCUGCACCUCCACCUACAGAUGUGUCAGUGAUUGCAGACUCGAUUCCAGAAACUCCAGUGUCUGAGGAAGUGACCACUGUCCCUGCACCUCCACCUACAGAUGUGUCAGUGAUUGCAGACUCGAUUCCAGAAACUCCAGUGUCUGAGGAAGUGACCACUGUCCCUGCACCCGCACCUACAGAUGUGUCAGUGAUUGCAGACUCGAUUCCAGAAACUCCAGUGUCUGAGGAAGUGACCACUGUCCCUGCACCUCCACCUACAGAUGUGUCAGUGAUUGCAGACUCGAUUCCAGAAACUCCAGUGUUUGAGGAAGUGACCACUGUCCCUGCACCUCCACCUACAGAUGUGUCAGUGAUUGCAGACUCGAUUCCAGAAACUCCAGUGUCUGAGGAAGUGACCACUGUCCCUGCACCCGCACCUACAGAUGUGUCAGUGAUUGCAGACUCGAUUCCAGAAACUCCAGUGUCUGAGGAAGUGACCACUGUCCCUGCACCUCCACCAACAGAUGUGUCAGUGAUUGCAUACUCGAUUCCAGAAACUCCAGUGUCUGAGGAAGUGACCACUAUCCCUGCACCUCCACCUACAGAUGUGUCAGUGAUUGCAGACUCGAUUCCAGAAACUCCAGUGUUUGAGGAAGUGACCACUGUCCCUGCACCUCCACCAACAGAUGUGUCAGUGAUUGCAGACUCGAUUCCAGAAACUCCAGUGUUUGAGGAAGUGACCACUGUCCCUGCACCUCCACCUACAGAUGUGUCAGUGAUUGCAGACUCGAUUCCAGAAACUCCAGUGUUUGAGGAAGUGACCACUGUCCCUGCACCUCCACCUACAGAUGUGUCAGUGAUUGCAGACUCGAUUCCAGAAACUCCAGUGUUUGAGGAAGUGACCACUGUCCCUGCACCUCCACCUACAGAUGUGUCAGUGAUUGCAGACUCGAUUCCAGAAACUCCAGUGUCUGAGGAAGUGACCACUGUCCCUGCACCUCCACCUACAGAUGUGUCAGUGAUUGCAGACUCGAUUCCAGAAACUCCAGUGUCUGAGGAAGUGACAACUGUCCCUGCAUCUCCACCAACAGAUGUGUCAGUGAUUGCAGACUCGAUUCCAGAAACUCCAGUGUUUGAGGAAGUGACCACUGUCCCUGCACCUCCACCUACAGAUGUGUCAGUGAUUGCAGACUCGAUUCCAGAAACUCCAGUGUUUGAGGAAGUGACCACUGUCCCUGCACCCGCACCUACAGAUGUGUCAGUGAUUGCAGACUCGAUUCCAGAAACUCCAGUGUCUGAGGAAGUGACCACUGUCCCUGCACCUCCACCUACAGAUGUGUCAGUGAUUGCAGACUCGAUUCCAGAAACUCCAGUGUUUGAGGAAGUGACCACUGUCCCUGCACCUCCACCUACAGAUGUGUCAGUGAUUGCAGACUCGAUUCCAGAAACUCCAGUGUCUGAGGAAGUGACCACUGUCCCUGCACCUCCACCUACAGAUGUGUCAGUGAUUGCAGACUCGAUUCCAGAAACUCCAGUGUUUGAGGAAGUGACCACUGUCCCUGCACCUCCACCUACAGAUGUGUCAGUGAUUGCAGACUCGAUUCCAGAAACUCCAGUGUUUGAGGAAGUGACCACUGUCCCUGCACCCGCACCUACAGAUGUGUCAGUGAUUGCAGACUCGAUUCCAGAAACUCCAGUGUUUGAGGAAGUGACCACUGUCCCUGCACCCGCACCUACAGAUGUGUCAGUGAUUGCAGACUCGAUUCCAGAAACUCCAGUGUUUGAGGAAGUGACCACUGUCCCUGCACCCCCACCUACAGAUGUGUCAUCUGUUGGUGUUUCGAAUUUAGAAGGUAGUGUUUCUGAAGGUUUAUCAUCUGCCUCGAAUAAUAAUUUCGGAUCUUUCUCUGACACUACUGAUUUUUUUUUAACUGAUAAGUUGUUAUUAUCAACUGUUCCUUCCACUACUUCUCUUGAUGAUGACAUUGGUUUUAAUCGACGUCCGGUUGGUGGAAUCAUUAAAUCUAUAAGCAAUGAAGUGUUGGAUAGUAAGGAGAAAGUUCCUUUGCCUACGUUUAUAUCAGGUAUACCAAGGAACAGAAAUAUCAAUAUACAUAUUAGUGGACUUAAUAUUCAUGAGCAUAAUAGGUUUGAAUUUAAACAUGGUUUAACAGUCGGUUUAAUUUUAUUGUGUAUUCUGAUCAUUAUGUUAGUUCUGUCCACAGUUCUAAUUCUCAUUUGGAUUCGGCAUCGACGUAACAAAUAUUCUGGCAGUAUAACUCUGACACAUAUUGAAGAAAACGAAAAAAAUGUACAAAAUACCUCUUUAAAAAGAAGUAGAUUUCAAUCUAGAAACAAUAAACAUGAUUCAUUCACAGCUGCAGAAGGACUAGUUAAUGAAAGCAAAGGUAAUAAAUCUACCAAUUCAAUGAAAACACCUGCACUACAGAAACGUCUUGAACUUCGAAGAAAGCAACAUGUAAAAGCUAAAAUAUUAGCUCAUGAAGCUUUACUUUCUACUGAUGACUGUUCUUCAUGUGAUUGUGGUUUUACUUUUAAAUCUCCCAGCCCAGAACGUCUCUGUUUAACUUCCAAUCUAGAUAAUGAUGUUAUAUUAACUGGUGCUUGGCGCAGACAAAGCAGUGAUAGCGGUGAUAGAAAAAGCCAAACAAAUCAAAAUAGAAUAAAUACUGCUGAACAAAUUAAUGAUAGAGAAGAUGAACUUCCAGUGGUGCCAUCUAUAAAUAUUACGAAUUUCAUUGAUAAUAAUGAAACUUCAUCUCACUAUCAAGAUAUGAAUAUGAAUAAACCUAAUAGAAAUUCAAAGGCUUGGAAAUAUAUUGAUGAAAAUUAGGAUUAAAUGAUUUCAUACAUAUGUAUUUUGUUUUGUUUGCAAACAUAAAACUGUAAGCUCUAAAUUACAUAUAUUGAUUCUAUAUGCCAUUACAUUCAAUUGAAAGUUCUUUUAAUAAGUAUUCAUUUCAUUUCACUUCAUUGAUAGUAUUUUUAAUCAUUUCUGAUGAAAUUUUGAACCUUGACUAGUACUCCUACUACUCCUACUCCUACUCCUACUACCCCUUCUCCUAUUACUACUAGUACUACUCCUUCUCCUCCUACUACUACUACUAGUACUACUAAUACUACUAGUGGUAGUAAUAGUAGUAGUAGUAGCAUGGCAGACAUUAAGUACUUACAUAAAUAUAAUUAAGUAUUUAUUAUACCUAAUGAUAUCAUUAGAUAGUAUAUACAUAUCAGAUUUAAGCUAACAAGUAAUAAUCAUUUAGUAUAGUGAUUUAAACAAUUAAAAUACUUUUUUUUCUUUAUUUAUUUCAUAAACAGAAUAACUAAUGAUUAAUAUAAUAUUUUUACUGUAAACUUUUAUUUGUUGACAAAUUUAUUCUUUGUAAGUAAAUGCUUUUCGGAGGGGGGUAUUAUUAUUAUCGUCGUUUCCUGUAAAAAUAAACAAAUUUUUUUGUGAUCAAUAAUCGAUUACCUUUCUUUUUUUUUUCUGAAUAAUUAUGAUGUAAUUGUUGCUCAGUUAUAAAAUGUAACCAAAAUAACAACAACAACCGAAAAAAAAAGAAAUUUUUCUAAAUGUUUAAUUAAUUAUUAAUUAAUUUUAUGCUUAUUUUCUUUUUAUAAUAUUUGAACAAAUUAAAAAUAAAUGUAUUAUUGAAUAAA